AUGAAGGGCGAAGCGUGGGAAGGGGCGGGGGAGUGGUUGUGGCUGCCGGCGGCCCUGCUGCUGUGCGCCAUUUUGGCCGCAUGGUGGGCGCUGGAGCUUCUCCUGUGGCGGCCGAGGAGAGUGGAGGAGCACUUCUCCAGGCAGGGGAUUAAGGGGCCUCCCUACCGCUUCUUCUUGGGAAACUUGACGGAGCUGAUCAGGAUGACGCUGGAGGCCUCCUCCAAGCCCAUGGCGCUCCCUUUCUCACACAACAUCCUCCCCAGGGUCCUCCCCUUCCACAAUCACUGGAGCAAGAUCUACGGUAAGCCCACCUUCCUCCCUCUCUCUCUCUCUCUCUCUCUCUCUCUCUCUCUCUCGCUAUCCCUGGUUUUGAUGUGGGUCGUCAUCUUCUUCAUGAAGGGUCCAACUUCCUGGUCUGGUUCGGACCAACGGCGAGGUUGACCGUGGGGGACCCGGAUCUCAUCAGUGAGAUCCUUGUCUCGAGGGCAGACGCUUUCGAGAGGGACGAGCGGCACCCGCUGGUCAGGCAUCUCGAGGGGGAAGGACUGUUGAAUCUCCAGGGAGAGAGAUGGGCCUACCACCGCAAGGUCGUCUCCCCCCUCUUCCAUCCAGACAACCUCGGAGUAAGCAAGAUCGUCCUCCUCCUUUGCAUGAGCUGCCCUAAUCUCAAUACACAAGGCCAACUAAUAUGGGGGUUGUUCUUAUUUCGAGGCUUCAGUUGCUGAUACCGGUGAUCGGAAACAGGAUGGCGGAGAUGGCGGAGCAGUGGGUAGUCUCGCCGGAGUCCGGCGAGGCGGAGGUGGAAGUUACGGAAUACUUCCAGAAGCUUACGGGAGAGGUUGUAAGCCGCGCAGUCCUCGGUGGCGGCUACAAGCAUGGAGAGGCAAUCUUCGGCCUGCAAGCUCAGCAGAUGGCGCUCGCCGCCGAUGCCUUCCGCAACGUCUUCUUCCCCGGCUGCUGGUACGAUUUCGAACUUCCUAUAGCGAACAACGAUCGAUUCGCGAAAUCUAAUUGUUUUCAGGAAUUAAUUCAUGAAGCUUGCUCCCCACGAAGAGGAACACCGCCUACUGGAAACUGAACAAGGAGAUUAGGAGCUCACUGGCGAGGUUAAUCGGCCUCCGGAAGGAACAGCGCGCGGCCGCAGAGGCGGCUCCCAAGGACAACCACGGCCCGACGGACUUGCUCGACCUCCUCAUAGGCGCCGCCGUCAAGACGUCGUCAUCUCCGGUGCCGGCGCCGGCGAUCACGCCGCACGAUAUCGUGGAAGAGUGCAAGACCUUCCUCCACGCCGGGAAGCAGACCACGUCGAGCCUUCUCACGUGGGCCACCGUGCUCCUAGCGAUGUAUCCCGAUUGGCAGGAUCUGGCCCGGCGGGAAGUCCUCCUCGUCUGCGGCUGGAGCAGCGUUCCCGCCGCCGAGCAAAUCGGCAAGCUGAAGAAAGUGAGUUCCCGGCGAAUCUACCCACUAGAAGGGGAGAGAAAAUAAUAUAGAAAAUACUGUGACACUGCGUGGAUGUCAUUCUUGAUAUAUCUUAUCGUGGAUGUCUAAAAGUAUCAGGGUUUUUCCGAUUUUCCAGCUGAGCAUGAUCCUCCACGAGACACUGCGGCUUUAUCCGCCAUCGGUGGCGACCACCAGGACGGCGAAUACCCACGUAGAGCUCGGAGGGCGGUUGAUACCCAGGGGAACGCAGCUCGUGAUAUCCACACUGGCAGUCCACCACGACCAGAAGCUGUGGGGGCAGGAUGCAGGCGAGUUCAACCCGGACCGGUUCGUCAACGGGGUGGCGGGAGCGGCGGCGCAUCCCGCCGCCUUCAUGCCCUUCGGGCUGGGAGCUCGCACCUGUGCGGGGCAAAGGCUGGCCCUGAUGCAGGCCAAAUUCGCCAUGGCCGUCCUCCUCCGGCGGUUCUCCUUCCGGCUAUCGCCAGCGUACGUCCACGCGCCGAUCGUGUCGAUGAUCCUCAGCCCCCAGCACGGAGCGCCGAUUAUCUUCAAGCUCCUCCCUGAGACUGCAGCAGAAGAUACUUCAGGGUCGAUAAUUGGGUGA